CAUAAUCAUACCGUGAUAAUAGUCAAAGACGCCGUUGCUUUUUUAAACUCUGCAAGUCUUCCCCAAACUUGCUUUCCUUCUUCCCCUCAAACAAAUUAGGGCUCUUAACAUACAUAUAAGGUGUGCAGGGGCUUAAACUGACUUUCCCCACAGAGGUGCAGAUAAGUAUGGGGUUGCAAUUCAGGAUUGUCUAACAAGAAUGCCCGGCAUAUCUUUAGUUGCUCGUGAAACCACUUACUCUAGAUGCUCAGAUCCGAUGUGCCGCCAUGAAGCUCGUGCUCAUUUGUCUCAGGAAGAGCAAACUGCAGCUGAAGAAAGCCUUUCAGUUUAUUGCAAGCCUGUAGAACUAUACAACAUUCUUCAACGACGUGCUGUUAGAAAUCCAUCAUUUUUACAAAGAUGUCUGCACUACAAAUCACAAGCAAAACAGAAAAGAAGGGUACAAAUAUCAGUAUCCAUAUCUGGUGCUACUAAUGAUGGGCUGCAAACUCAGAGUCUUUUUCCUAUGUACAUGUUGUUGGCAAGAGCAGUCUCUACUACAAAUGUAGAGACACAGUGUACAACUGUUUAUCGCUUCAAUCGAGCAUGUAAAUUGACAGCUUUUGGUGGGGCCGACAACACGAGUUCAGCAAGAUUUAUUCUCCCUGAGAUGAAAAAACUAUCAACAGAGGUUAAAUCUGGCUCUCUUGCUGUGUUGUUGGUUAGCUGUGCUGAUACCACAAAUCUUCAAGGGAUUGAUCUAACAGAGGACCACAUGUUUUCUGCCUCAUUGAAUCGUGUGGGUUAUUGCUUAUUUGGGAAGAUUCCAAUGGAUUUACUUCAAUCUUCAUGGGAAAAAUCUCCUACAAUAAGUUUAGGGGGAAGAGCUGAGAUGAUGUCAACUGUUAUUAUGCAGUCCUGCUUUAUGAAGUUGAGUUGUUUGGAUGGAGGAAAAUGUGUAUCAUUUCACUUCCCAUAUAAUUCUGAAGCUGUGAGCAUAUUGCAGCAAGUACAAGUCACUGUUUCAGCAGAAGAGGUUGGGGCUAAAAAUAUGUCUCCCUAUGACAUGUAUUCAUACAAUGAUACCCCUAGACCUGGUAUUAUGAGGUUGAGGUCUGGAAAUGUCAUUUUUAACUACAAGUACUACAACAAUAUGUUGCAAAGGACUGAAGUUACUGAGGAUUUUUCGUGUCCAUUCUGUUUGGUGAAAUGUGCAAGUUACAAGGGCCUGAGAUUUCACUUAACUUCAUCACAUGAUCUCUUCCGUUAUGAGUUUUGGGUUACUGAAGAUUAUCAAGUUGUGAUUGUAUCUAUGAGGACUGAUAUAUGCAGUUCUGAGAUUAUACCAGAAAAUGUUGAUCCAAAACAGCAAAUGUUUUUCUAUUGCUAUAAGUCUGCGAGACGUAGGAAACCAAAAGCCCCAACUCAAAAUGCAAAACACGUGCAUCCACUUGUGCUGGAUUCAGCCAUGUCUGCAACUCUUAAUGAGCUCAUAGACAACACAGAUUGUGUAGCUGAGUGUAUGGAACAUGACACAUGUAGUCCAGAUGCAAGUGCCACGUGUCACUCGUUUGCUGAACUGGAAUCCGUCCAAUCAGUGCCUGAAAACAACCUUCAACCUCCUAUGCUACAAUUUGCAAAAACAAGAAAGUUAUCUGCUGAAAGAUCUGACCCUAGAAACCGAGCCCUGUUGCAGAAGAGGCAGUUUUUUCACUCGCAUAGAGCUCAGCCAAUGGCAUUGGAGCAAGUGUUUGCUGAGCGAGACAGUGAAGAUGAAGUUGAUGAUGAUGUUGCUGAUCUUGAAGACAGAAGGAUGCUUGAUGACUUUGUGGAUGUUUCCAAAGACGAGAAGCAAAUGAUGCACUUAUGGAACUCAUUUGUGAGAAAACAACGGGUGCUAGCAGAUGGCCAUAUUCCAUGGGCAUGCGAGGCAUUUUCUAAAUUGCACGGACAAGACCUUGUCCAGGCCCCAUCACUCCUCUGGUGUUGGAGGUUAUUCAUGAUUAAGAUUUGGAAUCAUGGUCUUUUGGACUCGCGUACCUUGAAUAACUGUAAUGUCAUACUGGAAAACUACCAAAACCAAAACCAAAGCCAAGAGAUAGAUCCUAUUAAAAUGGACAUGUAAAUCUGUUUCAAGCCCUAUGUAAUGUAGGUGACAUAUUUUGUAGGGUUUAUAUUUCUAAGCAUACUUUUGUUAUAAUCUAUUGGUAAUAUAUCGGGUAUGCACUUACUUACCAUCUAUUCUUCCCCACUU